AUGAAGCUAUCUAUCGCUGCGUCUCUCUUUGCUUGCUCCUUCUGCUUCAGUAAAAUAGAAGCUGCGGAAAUCACCGACCCUGCUCUUCGUGGAUCAUCGGGAACCAGCGAAGCAAACGACGAAGCCCUCCAAGAUUUCAAAGAGGAUAAUUUUCUCCUCCCAUCCGCAGACACUCCAACCCAGCAGGUAUCUGCUAGUGGAACCGUCAGUGCGAACGGGAAGACAUACUCCGUUGUUGAUGAUUUGCAAGAAUUUAAGAUCUACACCGACGAUGCCAGCAUUAGUGUGAACGGUGAACCUCGACCUCUGGAAGAUUCCAACACCAGUCGUACCCGUGUAUUCAAGGGUAAAGGACCUGUUGGAGAGACGGUGUUGGUCGCAAAGAAAGAAGGCGAGGUCCAGUCCGUGAACAUUUUUGUGGAUGGAUCAGAGUUUGCCAGCAUGGAAGCAGUCGGGGACGGCACUUUAGCUUCUAUCCGUCCGGAAGACUUUGACAUGGAAAGGCUCAAACAGUUCCCGCUAGGUGACAUUGAGACUGAAUUCAUUGAAGAUGAGGAGAUGUAUCGCGAAGAACUGUCCCAGAACAACGGUGGGCGCUCUCUUCAAGUCAAAGGCUCUUGCAAAACUUAUAAAGAAGUCGAAGUCGCCAUCGCCUAUGACUCUACCUUUUGCGCCCAAGUGGCCGGCAACGAUGAGAACAUGGCACGCAGUGUGGUCGAACAAGCUGUUGCCCGUGCUUCGGUUCUGUACGAACCCAUGUGCGUCCUUCUGCGGGUGACGCACCUAGAAGGCUUCUGCGACCCAUGGAAAGAUCCCUACGUGCAGGCGGUACAAAAUGCCUACCACAUUGGAUGUAGCGGUGGCAAAGGUACACUACAAAAUUUCCAAAACAUUUGGGAAACCUCCAGAGCUGAUGUCCAUAGAGAUACAGCCCACUUCUUUAUCGGAAAGGCAUAUCCUGGUAGUGUUAUUGGUUGUGCCUAUAUUCAGAGCACUCCCUCCCUUUGUGGAUCUUAUUCCUACGGUGUCAACCAGCUGUCCUUUACCAAAAACAGGCAGCUCCAAGGUAACCUUUUCGCUCACGAGUUGGGCCACAACAUGGGAGCAGGUCACUUCUUCGAUAAUAACCGCAUUGGCGAGUUUUUGAUGGAGCCAUAUAUCAAUAGCGCAAGGAAUGGUCUAAACCCUGUUUCCCAAAACUCGAUUCAAAACUACCUCAACAGGAAGAGCUGUGUGUCGACUGUGGAAAGAGGCUCUCAAAUCGAGAACGUAAAGAACACCAACAAGUGUGUCACCGCCCAGGGACCCCUGGAAGCCGGAACUAAGAUUAAUCUCGAGCCAUGUGACGAUCUUUCUCCUAACCAAAGAUGGAUCGUCAACGAUGAAACCAAGGCAAUUCAGUCCGCUUUUGCGGACAACAUGUGCAUCCGUCCGAACACAAUGCAGCGUCUAAGCCGUUUGGCGCUCGGAGAGUGCGAAAAUGGCACAGAGGGCGGGCAAUUUUACUACGAAGAGAAUGAGAGGCAGUCUGUUCACCCUGGCAAAGAAAUUGAGGUACACCAGGGAAGGUGCAGCUUCUUUUGCAGAUUGUUGAGAAGGAUCUUUGGCCCAAAGAUGGGGGAUGGCUGCUUGGAUGCCAUGCCUGACGACCAAAGCCUUAUAGUCUUCGAGUGCCACUAUAGCUCAAACCAGAAGUGGUUUAUUCGUUGA